AUGAGACCCAAUGCGGCGCGUCUGAGCCAGAGCCAGAGAUUAGGCCAGAGCCAGAGAUUAGACCUGAGCCAAAAGCAGAGAUAUACCAUCAGCAGAAAACGAAAAUCAACAGUUCGAUUCCUCGAAGGAGUGUUCAGGUGUGCGGAGAACCGCUGCCGCGAAGACUUUCGAAAGUGCGGUCAAUCGGCCUCCCAGCUUGAGGCACAGACACUUGACGCCAUUCGUCAGCUUUACGACGAGGCAGAAAGUAUCUAUCGUAAGGAUGUCGACAAGAAUGGCAACGCCGCCAAACGUCCAGUGCUUUCAAAAUUGAAAAUUUCGAAGCCCGGCGAAGACUGUCUCACGAGCUGUACUGACGCGUUCGGAAAGGAAGGAAAAUUGGCACCAGCACAACAACGAGCAUUGGCUGGUCAUCAACCAUAUUUCCUGGCAACAAGAUAUUACACCAAGAAACUUUCAUUUGGCAACCACCCAGUAAGAAAGCUAGCAAACAUGAAUUGCGAGGACUUGUUACGUAUCGAGUUUCAGACCGACUCGUCUGAGCCGGAUGCGCAGUCAGCCGUGAGGUCGGUUGACGAGAAUGCUCCAACACCCGAAAACAAAGUCGAAGAUUCAGACUUACCAAGUUCUAAACCCACAUCGGAGGACAUUGCGAAGCUUGUUGAUAGUUACGAGCACCGAAUUUCUGGGCUUGAAAAGUCCCUUGAUGAGCUGAAAAGGGCGCAUGCCGAGCUUUUAAAGUCACACACCGAGCUGAAACAGAGACAAGAAACCAAUAACAAAGAAAUUCAGGAGGCAAGCAGUCAGCAGCUUCAGUGCCAAACACAAGUAGACACACUUGAAGAGUCCGUCCACGGACUCCAAACAGACGUCGACCGCCUCAAGUUCCUCAAGCUUAGGGAACAAAGCGCGCCGCCAAUGAGACUAUGGGAUGCAAUCUGGGUUGCGCUUGAACGACGAGCCGACUUCAUGUGGCUAGGUCUCAGCAAAGGAUCAUGGGCAGGACAAAUCUAUGUCCAAUUUACACCAUCUUAUUUGCAAUUUGGUGGCAUUCAUCCAGUUCCUCACAUAAAUCACAAACCCCACGCAGGUUAUGACUCAUUUGCUUGUACAGAGAGUCGUGAGCAUACUCAUUUGGAAACUUGGUGCCGGACUCUCCCAGAACCCUACUUCCUAUCAGGGUUCGAGCAUGAUUUGGAUGCUAUUCUUACAACAGUGAGGUGA